AUGCAUUCGUUGUGCUUCAAUGUGUGGGUUACCGGAGGCCUAAUCCUUCCCCCCAAGCCCCAAAUUGUCAAUGCUCUAAUGCCUAACAAAACAACCCACAGAACGCCGCGCGCCGGUGAUGAACUUGUUACUCCUUUUGUGAUUCGCGCGGCGUUGAUCACGUACCAUCAGGUUUUCGUCGACAUGGACGUAUACUACAAUCCCCCAACUGGAUCACUGCGUGGAGAUCCAUUUUUCAGAGCUGAUGUGAACUCAUAUAAAGGGUCUUCGUACAACAUACCGAUGGUGCACGGCUCUGGUCCUGUACAAGUCCAUGGAGCCCACGCCUCUGGAUAUGCUUCGACGCCGGGUUCGUCCCGUGGUUCCGUAGCUGGAACAUCUCCUAAAGAUUCUGAUGAUAAUGUCCUAGAAGACGUGGAACGCAAUAUUGCGACUAUUGAACAAUCCAUUCGUGACAAAGAAGUUACCAUUGAUAUGGAGUGCCUGGAGGAGUCCCGAGCUCACAAGUUGAAGACUGCAGGAAAGCGCUUGCUCAAGCGUGGAUUCACCCUGGGCAGCGAGAAAGUCGUGAUAGAGAUACCCGAACGCAAAUCUCGCCCUUCUACUCUGAAAACUGUGAGGACCUUGAUGCGUCUUGGCAAGGCCCGCGCGUCACGCUGCAGUAGUGAUGAAGAACAAGGCCUCCUCGAGACACCUGGGCCUUCGUCAGAACCUGACCGACCAACGAGUCAGAUAUCAGUCUCAUCUGACGAAGUACUUGUUGAUAUAAAUUCACCGACCGAAACACGCAAGUUUAAAAGAAUGCGUACUGUCAUAGAUACUGGAGUUCCAUCCGCACUGAAAGCAGCUGAUUUCCAAGUCUGCGUGACUGUGAUCGAGGCCCGUCAGCUCGCGGGCCUGAACAUGGAUCCUGUAGUCUGCGUGCAAAUAGGCGAUGUUCGCAAGUACACAAGCGUCAAGGAGAGCACCAACUGUCCUUAUUACAACGAGUAUUUCGUCUUUGAUUUCCACAUGCCGCCGAUCAUGCUGUUCGACAAGAUUAUAACGCUUUCGGGCCGGGAGGGAGGGAGUGUCAGACUCUUACUGACUAAAAAUCCCCUGUUCCUUCUCCUGCUCUGGGCCGAGGUCGCGGUGCCUCAUUGCGCUUACGCCGCAACCCCGGUUGAACAUCAGCUCUAUAGGGCCCCGUCUGUGGUCUAUUGGCUCUUUGAGGUGCGCGCGGAACUCUACGCGCCGUACGCUCGGGCUUGGUUCUGGUCGGGCGGUAACAAUGUACUGACUCGACUGGUGGAAAAUGCCUGCGGCAUUAAGUCCGCCUAUGUACCCAUGGUGCAUGGAGUUUUAAUAAUAUGUACCAACUGGGGUCUCGGGUCAAACGCAAUAAGGUCCCACUGCCUUGGCCUGGAGCUGGAGAACGAACGAGAUGGUGUUGAGUCAGUCAAACACUGA